CUGCGAAAUAUCUGUCCCCUAAAAUUAUGCCAUUCUUUCAUCAUUACGUUCGGACUUCUUGCAACUAUAAACGAAGUAUAGAUAUCUGUACUUCGUGGACCUAACAAAGCUGCCUUGUUUUUGUCUACCACUAUAAAUUAGUUUUUAAGCAUUCUCUAACAUAUGGAGAUGUUAUAGUAGUAAAAUUUAUAGACAAUGCGACAGAUCAUAAAAUAGGUUUCUAGACAUGACGUUUGACGUUUGUGAUCUAGCUCUGUGGUAUGAAUGUAAUCGAAAGUUGUCGCUACUGUGGCGUGCUUGCUGUUAGUAAAAACAAUCCGCGUAGUCCUGAUUAUAGUUACAUUAACACUUCAGUUUCAAUUUUAUAUAACAUUUAUAUGGUAAAAGUGCAAAUUAAAUAAAGAACAUGAGUAAAUACUCGGAAAACGAAGAUGACCCAGAUGUUUACGAAAGCUCCGGAGAAGAGUGGAAAGAUAUAGAGGUUAAGAAGAAUAACAGACGAUCAUCUAAAAGGCUAAGUAAAAAACCUAGGAAGACUGUAGUAGAAUAUGGCAGCAGUGAAGAAGAUUCAGAUAGUGAACCUAAGAAGAAAAAGUCCAAAAAUGGUGUUUCUAAAAAGAAAGUCAAACAAGAAGAUGAUGAAGAUCAUGAGGAAGUAGAAGCCGAGAAUGAAGAUAAUGAAGAUUCGGAUAAAGAAAAGUCAGAGAAAUCAUCUCAGAAUUCUGAAUCUAAGGUAGCUUCAACUACUGCCACAAGUAACUCGAGCACUAGAGGAAUUCAUAGGAAAUUUAUACCAAAAACUAUAUAUUCUGAGGAAUAUGCAACUGGAUCUUUUGUUAUCCUUAAAAAAGACGCUCAAGUUGGUGACCCCUCAAAACAUCCUUGCAUUUGGAGAAUUGAUGGUAAAGCACUUUUACAAAAAUAUGAGGCGUUUGAUGAUGAUGGAAAAGUUAGGCAUAAGAAUACAUCUAUUUAUACUGGUUGGUCUCCAAUGGACAAAGAUUUAUACGCUCCUGUAUCAGUUGAUGUUGUACAACAUAACAAUCAAAAUCUCACUGUAGAACUUCAUUGGGAUAAGUUGAAAACCAUUAAUACUGACAGUGAUUAGUUCAAUAAGAUUUACAUACUUUAAUUUUGCAAUAUAAAUAUAUUUGUAAAAUGUGAAUUUGACCGAUAUUGAUUACAUAUAUGUUGUAAUUUUGGAAUUCAAUUACAAUUUUUAUUUUUUGUGUAAUUAGAUCAAUUAAGCAUUUUAAAGCAUACUUAUGAAACAAAAAUUAUAUUAAAUGUUUUUUAGUUUAUACACAUUAGGAUGAAUAUUUGAUUUUUUAUUAUAAAAAUUCGUUUUUAUAAUUCCUCAUUUUUUAUCGAAAAGUUCUGUUUGAAUUUUUUUGUGGUUAUAAAUAUUUUUAUAAUAUCAGAUUUUGAUGUUUUUUUUGUUAAAGACGUAUCCCUUCCUGAUGAUUUAAUAGUUUGAUGUUGUCCCUUUGCUUUGCAGAAACAGUAAGUGUAAGUUGUGCAUAGUGUAUAGAGUGUAGAGUGCCAACUCAGAAUAGUGUAUUUUUUAUUCUGAAAUUAAUACUUUAUGAAUAUACAAUAUAAAUCUAAUUGAAUAAAAAGAAAAUUAUAUUGGCGUCCGAGAAGUACAAGCCUGUAGAACCCUCUACCAAGGCACGUCUUUUCCACACAUUACAACCUACAGAAGUUGAAACUACUUGAGUGCAAUAACGCUGUGUGUAUAUAGGUAGUCCUUAAUUUAUGGAAACAAUAAAAAGUUUACUUCAGGAUGAGAACAUUUUGCCUUCCUUGAACAAAUUUUCAAUAGACCAAUUGGUGGUAGUAUCUUAU